GUCAGAGUGUGGUAAAGGGUGUCCGUCAGAGCCGCAGUAGCGCUAACCCAGCAACGAGGGACCCACUAACACCCUCACUAUGCGGGAGUGCAUCAGCGUUCACGUGGGGCAGGCGGGAGUCCAGAUAGGCAAUGCAUGCUGGGAGCUGUACUGUCUGGAGCACGGCAUCACUCCUGACGGGAUGAUGCCUUCUGAUGAUACUGUAGGAUAUGGCACGGAUUCCUUCAACACCUUCUUCAGUGAGAGGGAGAGUGGCCUGCAUGUUCCUCGUGCUAUCUUCGUCGACCUUGAGCCAACUGUUAUAGACGAGGUACGGACAGGCAUCUACCGGGCAAUGUACCACCCGAUGCAGCUCAUCACGGGGAAGGAGGACGCUGCCAACAACUUCGCCCGCGGCCACUACACGAUAGGGAAGGAGAUGAUAGACGUCACGAUGGACCAAAUACGCAAGGUUGCCGAUGACUCCUCCAGUUUACAGGGCUUCCUUGUUUUCCAUUCGUUCGGGGGCGGCACUGGCUCCGGCUUCACGUCCCUUCUAAUGGAACAUAUGACCGUCGAUUAUGGCAAGAAGACCAAGCUGGAGUUUGCGAUUUACCCCGCGCCACAGGUGUCCACGGCCAUGGUGGAGCCCUACAACUCUGUUCUGACGACCCACACCUCCAUGGAGCAGAGUGACGUGGCCUUCAUGGUGGACAACGAGGCCAUCUACGACCUGUGCCACAAGAGUCUGGGCGUCACAAGGCCAACAUACCACAACCUCAACAGACUCAUUAGCCAGAUCGUCUCCUCCAUCACCGCCUCCCUCAGGUUCGAGGGCGCUCUUAACGUGGACCUGGCGGAGUUCCAGACUAACCUCGUCCCUUACCCACGGAUCCACUUCCCGCUGGCUAAUUACGCACCGGUUCACGCCGCCGAGAGUGUUAAUCACAUGCAGAUCUCCACGGCGGAGCUGACGAACGAGUGCUUCUCUCCGAAUAUGCAGAUGGUGAAGUGCAACCCUCGCAACGGCAAGUACAUGGCGGUGACACUGCUCUUCCGAGGCGAUGUGGUGCCCAAGGACGUGAACAAGGCAAUCCAGAACAUCAAGAACAUCAAGACCAUCGAGUUCGUGGAUUGGUGCCCCACUGGUUUCAAGGUGGGUAUCAAUUACAUGCCGCCUACAGUCGUGCCCGGAGGAGACCUUGCUAUGGUGCCCCGGUCACUCUGCAUGCUGUCCAACACCACAGCCAUCGCGGAGGCCUGGGAGCGCCUCGACCAUAAGUUUGAUUUGCUGUAUAAUAAGAGAGCUUUCGUCCAUUGGUACGUGAGCGAGGGCAUGGAGGAAGGUGAGUUUAGCGAAGCGAGAGAGGAUCUGGCGGCGCUGGAGAAGGAUUAUGAGGAAAUAGCAGAGGAUCCCGAAUACUAUGAAGAUGAGGAUGAUUAUUGAAUGUGGUGUAAAACUAUUGAGAACGAUAAGAAGAAUACGAUGAAGGAAAUGACUGAGGAAGAGGAAAGAAUGAUACUAUGAACCUGAGUGUAGUAUUGCAAGAACGAUAAAAAGAAUACAAUGAUGGAAAAUGGCUGGAGGGAGAAUGAUGCUAUGAAAUUGAGUACUAUGAAGAUGAGGGCGAUUACUGUUUAUGAAGAAAUAGCAGAUUACCACUACUACUAUUACUACUACUACUACUACUACUACUACUACUACUACUACUACUACUACUAUUACUGCUACUAUGAAGAUGAAGAUUACUGAAUGUGAUGUAAAUCUAAUGAGGACGAUAAGAAUACGAUGAAAGAAAUGAUUGAGGAAGAGAGAAGACUGAUACUAUGAACCUGAGUGUUGUACUGCAAGAACGAUAAAAAGAAUAUAAUGAUGUAAAAUGGCUGGAGGGAAAAUGAUGCUAUGAACUUGAGUACUAUGAAGAUGAGGGCGAUUACUGAACAUGAUGAAGCAAUAUUGAGAACGAUAUGAAUACAAUGAGAAAAAUACUGAAGAGGGAGGAAUGGCACGAUAAACUUGAUUACUAUGGCAAUGAACGAUUUUUUUUCCUUCUUUUGUGUAAAUCUGGCCAAGGGCAACAAAAACGAUUAAACUAAAAGGCCCACUUAGAUGCCAGUGCCCGAGCAGAUCCGAGAGGGUUUGCCAAAAGAAUGAGAUAAAUGUCUUGAAACCUCAUUCUUAACCACUUUAAUACUAAGACAUAUUUUUACUUUGAUAUUUAUGAACGAUUAGACCAUUUUAUUGAUAUUAGGAAGGGUCUACGGGGGUCAGAAGAUCAAUGGCCACAGUCUUCACUAUUCUAAUCCACCACAUGAG